GCUGAACUUCCUUUUUGCUUGCGGCUGUCAAUUGAAGCGCAACUUGCACGUGAAUUCUCUGCGAAUUUAGCGAUUUUAGCGACUAAAUAUGGACAAACCAGUUGUGUGGGCACGCGUCAUGAAAGUUCUGGGUCGCACCGGCUCCCAGGGUCAGUGUACUCAGGUGAAAGUGGAGUUCCUCGGAGAGCAGAACCGUCAGAUCAUCCGUAACGUGAAGGGACCAGUCCGCGAAGGCGAUAUUCUGACCCUUUUGGAGUCUGAACGCGAAGCCAGGAGGCUGCGCUAAUUGGCGACCACCUCGAGAUGACCUUUACACACACACACACACUGUUUUCGCACGCGGCUUUUUCUGGGAGGAAAAGCGGAGGGAAAUACAAAGAUAUCCGUGGGAGGCUGCUGCAUAUUCGUUAUAAACAAAUGAAAAUACACACCUAAUUCGCCAGAAAUCAGCAAAAAUGUGUUUUAAAUAAAUCUCGAGAGGAUUGGAGCGCCUUUGUAACAAAAAGAAAAACCA